AUGGUUGUCAUUCUUCUUCUCUUGUUUCUAUUAGCCCCUUGUGCAUCCUCAUUAAGCUUCAGUUUCCCCACCUUCACAAAUUAUGACAUCAACAACCUAUCUCUCGAGGGAAAUGCUUCCGUAGACGGCGAAUUCCUCCGACUCACCAAAAGCGCUGCUGACCAGGUGCGAUACCAAAGCGUCGGCCGAGCCACCUACAGCCAACCCUUCCUCCUCCGCGACAAUGCCACCAGAAAACUCGCCGACUUCACCACAAAUUUCACAUUCGCCAUCGACUCGCUAGGCAACACAACCUAUGCAGACGGGCUCGCCUUCUUUUUGGCGCCAAACGGGUCUGCACUCAACACAACAAUAGGCGGAGGCGGCUCUCUUGGCCUCCCCGUCAAACACUCAGGAACAAACGAGUCCACGAAUCUGUACCCGUUUGUGGCAGUGGAGUUUGACAUCUUUUACAAUGUAGAGGCUGCUAUCAAAGAUCCCAGGGGCGAUCAUGUUGGUAUUGAUGUCAACUCUGUCAAGUCUAGAGUUACCAAGGCGUGGAAUGGUAGCAUUACACAGGGACGAGUCAAUAGUGCUUCGAUUCGUUAUGAUUCUGGAUCGAAAAAUCUUAGCAUUACCUUCACUACUUAUGAAAAUGGUGUCUGGGUUGAGAGGUAUCUUGAUUACAAGGUUGAUCUGAAUGAGAUUUUGCAGGGUUGGGUGAUUGUUGGGUUCUCUGCUGCAACAGGUCAUAUCACUGCUCUGCACAAGAUCAACUCAUGGAGUUUCAAUUCGACAUCGCUGAUUGACAACACACCAGUAGCUCCUGAGCCAACCCCCAUGUUGAACCCAAGUCAGGAAAUGGCAUCAAUAUUGGACUAG